UAGGGAUGGAUGGAUAUGCCAAGUGGAAAUUAUUUGUAUUUUUGUAAACAGAAGUCGGAAAAGUGUUCAUCUAAAAACAAAUUUCUUUAACUUGUCGGAAUGGCUCCGAGGCCAGGUCAAACGCGGCAUAUUAACCGAAAAUUAAAUCACGUCAAUAAAUAUUCAAUAAGUUACUUGUACAAUAAAUAUGUAACUAUUGAAUUUUUGAAGUACUUAAUCUUCGAUCCAAGGGCUAUGUCCAUUGUUGGUGCUCUAAUUCUUAUCGGCGAAUUGAUAGUAAAUAUUCUAGUCAUACACAAAGUGCCGUACACAGAAAUAGACUGGAUUGCAUAUAUGCAGGAAUGUGAAGGAUUUCUGAAUGGAACUACAAAUUAUGCACUUCUCAAAGGUGACACUGGGCCCUUGGUCUAUCCUGCCGGUUUUGUAUACAUCUACAGCGCUCUAUACUACAUCACUUCACAUGGCUCAAAUGUUCGUCUGGCGCAAUAUAUUUUUGCAUUUAUAUAUUUAUUGCAAAUUUAUCUUGUAAUUCGUUUGUAUGCAAAAAGCAGCAAGGUACCUCCGUAUGUCCUCGUACUAAGUGUAUUUACAUCAUACCGCAUUCAUUCUAUAUACACCCUGCGACUCUUCAACGAUCCCAUUGCAAUGUUAUUCCUAUACUUGGCCAUCAAUUUGUUCCUAGAUCAACGAUGGACCUAUGGCAGUAUAUGCUUCAGUUUAGGAGUUUCUAUUAAGAUGAACGUAUUGCUGUUCGCUCCAGCCGUCCUUCUACUAUUUAUAACAAACCUGGGAUAUCUCCGUGCCUUGCAACAACUCAUUGUUUGUGCAAGUAUACAAUUUGUUCUUGGAGCUCCAUUCUUGCUAUCCUAUCCAUGGGCAUAUAUCAAAGGAAGUUUUGAUUUGGGACGAGUUUUUGAGCAUAAAUGGACAGUAAACUAUCGCUUUUUGAGUCGCAGUACCUUUGAGAGCAAAGUGUUUCAUCUAUCAUUGCUUGGGUUACAUUUGGGGCUGUUAAUACUUUUUGCAUCGGUGACCUUUAACUUCUUUAAAAGCUAUUGUCGAUUACGUGAGCUACAAAAGCAAUUAGAACCGCAAGUAAAGAGGAAGAACUUGGAAGCAAAGAUGAUGAAAGUCAAAAAACCUGCUCCUAAAGAUACUUCCGAAGAAAUCACACCCGAUCAACAAAGCUUCCUUGAUUCGUUUGAAAAAUCCCUCAAAAAAUCAUCAGGGCAAACAAAACCAAAUAAAAUGGCACAGGAUUCAAAACAAGAACUAGACACCGCCGAUGAACCAGAGAAGUAUUCAAUUCAGUUUGAUAAAUGCACCCAAUUGGCAUUAUUACCGUUAUUCUUAUGCAACUUUAUUGGAGUAAUUUGUGCUAGAAGUCUUCACUAUCAAUUUUAUGUAUGGUAUUUCCAUUCGUUGCCUUAUUUGGUUUGGUGUACGAGCUUUAAUUUGGGAACACGCUACUUGAUUUUGGGUCUUAUUGAAUUUUGUUGGAACACCUAUCCGAGUACGAAUUUCUCAAGUGCAAUGUUACACUUUUGUCAUUUUGUUUUAUUGCUUGGUGUAGCAAGAAAUGUUUUUCAAACCAAAGUAGUGAGCGAGAAAUUAAAUAAAUCUCAAUGAGAACAGAAAAUAAUAAAA